AUGGAGCAUAGUGGAUGCAACCUAAUCCUCGAAAAACCGGAAGCAGAAUCAGCUCCCAACUUCAUGUGCCAGGAGCACUUCCUGGGAGCAGCUCUCUUUCUGACAGCAACAUCGCUGGAAGAGUUGCAGCGGAUGUUUGUCCCCCAAGCCUUGGCACUCCACCCUAGCAAGGGUGGAUCACUUGAUGAGUUCAACUGCGCUCUGAGCGCUUUCAGCGCGCUCUGCCACGGCUUUGCGAAUUGCGGAAAGCUUCAGUGGAUCCCAGCACACCCCAAAAGUGCAAACGCUGAUGCCAGCCUCCGUGAGCUGCAGACCUUGCUUCGGCGUCUCUGCCCAGACCGGAGGCGCCAGGCAAUUGAGCGUUGCCUUUCCCUUCACCAGCGUCGCCAGCUGGAACAGUGGAUGCUGAGGAAGCAGCCGCAGAAGGUGGUCGGAAAGUCCAAAAGGAGGGGAGUCUUGACGGAACGUAGCCUCUGCAAGCGAGCAAAUGGAAAGUUCCGUCCAUUCGUCCACCUUCACGCCGGCCUGUACGCACAGACACGAACCUGCAGGGAUUUGGGCUUGGCAGUGUCAGGAAUCGGAACCCUGAUCCUCAUGCAAGCCCUCUGCAGAGCUGGGAGUUCUCGGGAGUCAGGGGAGUCAGUCUUUUCUCCCCAAGAUCCCCGAGCGAUCAAAGUCGUUGCCACUGAGUUGCAGAUAGCCAUCAAAGAGAGUCUGGCUUCGAGAUAUCUCUUGGACAAGAAGAUUGGUGUGGUCUUUCGAACCCGCAUUGCGAUUUGCGAUGGCGAGCUUGCCACUCCCACCCGAAGAGAUCCGGAGUCUGCCCUGGAAGACUGGAGCACGGUUCAACGAGCAGCAGCCAUGGGCUUUCGCACAAACCGCGACUCCUGCCAAACGCUCCUGUGCGCCUUGCGCGGUGCACGGACCUCCGAGCGUGGCUCUGGGGGCAUUGAGGGCUCCAUCAGCGCCGGGCCUCUAGGUUCGCUGAAGCUCCAGAACUAUGGGCCAUGCCGCUCUGACAGUGAGACGGGAUGUGCCACCCUCUGUGCUUGUGCAAGCACAGUCCCAGAGAGUGAUUGCUUUGCCCAGCACGCAGACUGA